AUGCCUUCAUUAACAUCGCGUUUAUUCAACCACAACCAAAGCAACAAGCAACCACAAGAGACAUCAUGCUGUUCAUGCGGAUGUCACCAUCAUCACCACUCCAAUAGCAACAUUUCAGAAGAGACAUCUACCAUCAUCCUGUCGCCUACAAGAUGGUUCCCUCGUAUACGCCGCAGAUCUUCAUCUACAUCAUCAUGCACAUCGUUCUUUGAUGAAAACAGCACUAGCAGUGCCAACAGCAGUAGAAGAGCAUCAGCAGAAUACAUACAUGAGAUUGAAGACAAACAAAUUGAUGAGUUUGAAGACUUGUACAGGCUGGCAGUAGAUGAGAUGGCCUAUGCUAUUGAAUCUCAAGGCUCCAUUUACUACAGUGGCGAUUUAAUUACAACUACAGAGGCAGUGAACAAUUGCUUAAACCGCUUCCAACAACUAAUGCAGACAUUACAUUCAGACAGAUCUUACAAAUUUCAGCAAGAGUGGACUGAUAUUCUAUUCGAGCUUCGAUCGCGUCUAGAUUCUCUGCCAUUUGACUAUUCAGAAUGA